AUGCGAGAUGUUCAAAGGAACAGAAGUCACUUGCCCAACUUAUAUAGCAUUAAAUGGUCCAUACAAAGCUACUACUUAUGGAGCUAUUGUAGGAAGGGGUGCCAAAAGAGUUUUAUAGAAGCUUCAAAUAAUUUGAAAACUGAUCAAGAGUGGCCAGAUUAUCAUCCAGAUUGUGUCACUACUGAUAUGCUGUUCAUUUGCUGUUAAUUGCAAUUCUAUGAUCAAUUAAGAUUCUUGUUAAUUAAGAUCAGAAUGCACAUGGGGGAAUUAAUACACCCACUAAGGCAUCAUGUUCUGAAUAGAGUGAAACAAGUCGAUCAACUUAUGUUAACACAGUUAUUACAAUGGAAAUUAAUAAUGUUAAAACUAAAAAGUAUUAUGCUUGGACAGAGAUAGGUAAUUAAUGCAGAGAUCAGAAAUGUGAGGAUCAAUCUGCAACUAUUAACUCUCAUAAAUAAUGUAAUGAUUUUGAUAAGUCAUGUACAAGCGCUGAAAUUUGUUUCUGGAAAGGAUCUCAUUGCAAAUUGA